AUGGCGAGAACCCAAGAGCGUCGAGCUCGUGCGGUAUGCGUCCGAUGCCACAGCAGAAAAGUGAAAUGCGAUCUGGAGGCGCGACCGGGGGGGAUCUGCAGUCGGUGUCAACAUGAAAACCACCAAUGUCAACCUCAUAUUGGUCCACGCAAACAAAGGGCCAUCCGCUCUUCACUGGCCAGGGCUAGGACUGACACUUCAUCCCCAGAUCGACCAGUGGUGGCUGCAGAAGCUGCAGAAGCAGAGAUAACCCCACAAGAAGCAGCGUCAUCGUUUAGUGUUCUAGGGAAUCAACCACCAAACUGCUCAAUUCCAGUCAACGGAGCUGAUGUCUCGCGACUGCCAAACUUCAUAGAAGGGAGCUCCGCCAUUUUAGACGCAAGCCAGGCAUGUCGGCUCCCACCACCUGUCAUUGCCCAGGCGUUGUCCGACUUUUACUUCCGUGAGCUCUUCUGUCUCGUGCCGGUCCUUGACCGCGGGCAACCCGAAACAACAACUUCGGUGUUGUUGCAGCAGGCACUAUACUUUGCCGGAAGUACCAUGCGUCAAGCGGCGCAACCCUCGGCGGAAUGGUCUGCAUUUCGGAUAUACGGACGAAUCAAAACAUUGUUGUUUCUUCAUCACGACCCAAGCCCCUUCCAUAUGCUUGCCGCCCUGUGUAUCCUCGGGACUUGGCUUCCAUACUCCCCCGAUGCCAUUACGCUCGACAACCCGUGGCAAUGGACCAGUAUGGGAAUCCGACUUGGGAUACAGCUGCACUUGCACGAGGACGGGGCAUAUCGUUCCUUCACGCGUCCCGGAAGGAUGAGAAGAAUCUGGUGGUACCUUUUCAUUAACGACACCCUUCAGAUGUCAUGCUGUGGCCGCCCUGGGAUGUUCCCAUUGAAAGAAACCACUGUACGCUUGCCUGAGGCAACUGAUUUCGAGGAUCCCCACGAUCUCGGAGCUGCAUCAUUCUGUGCACUGGCUUCACUUUGCACGCAUUUGAGAAAGGCCAUAGACCUCGGACGAUAUCAAAACACCCCACAAGAUCAGGUGUAUUCCGGUCUUGAAGAUCUGAUCAUGUGGAGAGAACGCUUGCCGGUCGGAUUAAACUUGUUUGAUAUGGAAACAAGAAAACCUUACCAUCGCCCUACUGUUGAGCUCUACGUAUUCUAUUUGGUGACUGUCAUCUUAACCUGUUCGCUUGGUCGGAGAGACAACUCACCAUGUCUGAAAUACGUCUCGAUGGUUGCCUCGUCCUGCAUAUCUCGGCUGUACGAGGAGGUCUUAUAUCAUGAGGAUGUACAAUAUCUCCUCCCUAUUCACUCCUGGGCAAAUCUUGUCGCUGCGAUCCCGCGAGCAUUCAGUGACAGCGAUAUUCUAAACCCUAACCGGAUACAUGAACUCGAAAUUUGUCAACAGGUACUAGAAAAGAUGAGCGAGAAGCAUACCUCUGCUUCUAUGAUUCGCGGCAAGAUUGAUACCCUUGGCAAUCUCGGUGUUAGCAUGUUUCCCCAGGCGGAUGAUUUGAGCCCUAUCCCCGAUCAAAGGAAAAGGGAUAUGGCAAGGCUCUUCCCUUUUCCUAUGGAAUUUUGUCCCAUGCUUGAUUUACUGCAUUGGGGCAAGGAUGGAGGCCAGGGCCUCGAUGACCUUCCCGCCCUGUCUAUGAACAGCAUGGAUGGCCAAGAUUGGCCGGUAGACUGGUCCUUGUUUCUGUUUGAUGCACCUAUGAACUUUUAA